AUGGUAGGAAUAUCGUUUGGGACUAUCAAGUCCAUUGUAAUAUUCUUCGGGCCACUGAUUCUACCCAAAGCAAUCGGUUACUAUCGAUCGCAACGCGCAGCUCCUCAAGCCCAUGGUCUCACAGUUCAACCUGUUCCUCCAAAUGUAUCUCGCGCUCUCACGAUCCUCUUCAUAACCUCUCUCGCUUUCCUCGUCAAAACCUUCCCUACUUUCACCACUCCCUCGCUCUUCACACUCACCCAGUCUCGUCUACAAAUUCCAACCGAUGUCCUCUUUACCCGUCUUCAUACCCUACGUCCCACUGGUCUAACUCCCACCGACGAAAUCCUCAAAAAUGCAUUUACGAGCAAAGAGUCACGUCUCUUGUAUCUGAAAUACGGUCCAGAUACCAUGAUAAACUGUCUCUUCUGCAACCCCGAGGAUCCUCCAUCCUACUUACUCUAUUCCCUCGUGAGCAUCGUCAUACCACAUCUUUUCAAUCUCUGCGUUCUGGCUCUCGCAACCAGUACUCUCUUUAUUGGAAAAGAAGCAAAUAUGUGGCGCGGAAAAGCUACCACUCUAGCUGGCGCAAUUGCGGUCCUCGAUAUCUAUUUCGUCACACAAUACAAACAUACGAAUAAUGCCACUGCGCUGAGACUUGAGGAGAUCGAUCACUUUUAUUGGAACAUGCAACUUUACCGCAAUAUAGCAUUGGCAGCAUUAGAUGGGCUCGUCGGUUGGCUUCUUUACCUAUCUUCUACAAACCGAGCAUUCCUCACUCCCCCUACAACGGCGGAGAAAAUAGAAGCUACGACUAGAAUUAUAGACCAGGCGAGAGGAAAAUUAAACGGGGUAGCAUUAAUGCGUAACACGACGGUGAGGGAUAAAGAUUUGAGAGGAAAAGUAAACGAAUACUGGGUGAGAGAAGCAAAUGUUAUGUCAGAGGUAUUAGAGACCAGGGAGGUAGUCGAUGGUGUUCGAAAUGCAUUGGAGGGUAGAGUUGAUCUGGUUGCGGUACAGAGGGAUGCAGAUGCCUUUGCGGAGGCUGUUCUUGGGGGUGUAGGGAAGGUGGUUAUGUAA